GUGGGUUCCAACACUCAGUUUCAUACUAAGAUCCUGUAUCUUGAAAAAGGAUCUAUCUGUUUUCCUGCAGUUCUAAAUAGAAAUCUGAUUUAAAUCCAGCUUGCCUUGGACUCAGAAAGCAUUGGACAUCGGCAUCAAUCCUACAUCUGGCUUUGAGAUGAUUUCACUUUUUCUCAGCAUUGUCUUUUGCAGCAUAGCUGUUGGCAUCACCAAAGUCAUAGAAGUGACACAGCCUGCACUGAUAAUAGCCAAAAGAGAAGGUCCUGCCCAUUUCAUGUGCGAAUACAAGUAUGCUGAAGAUGCAGAGGAACUCCGAAUAACUUUAAUGAAAGAAAGAGGCAAUCAAUCUAUCAAUAUCUGUGCUUCCUUCUUUACUUUUGGAUAUGGGCCAUUUGUUAAGAAGAAUCAUCUCCAAUGCCAAGUCCAUCCUAGUCACAACAAUGUAAACUUUACCCUUUGGGGGGUGCAGUCCAGUGAUGCUGGUCGGUAUGUUUGCAAAUUUGAGCGGAUUUACCCUCCACCCUAUUAUCAGGUCGUGGGACGUGGGAGCCAGCUCUAUGUCACUGACCCAGAACCAUGUCUUCAGACCCAUGUUGGAGACAGAUAUCCUUAUCUUUGGAUUGUAGUAGUAGUAGCUUCAGCAUUGCUUGCCUACAGCAUUUUAAUCACAAUCUACCUUUUGAGAAAGACAAUACAAAAAAGAAGAUAUUUUGCUCCUGGUCUGUAUGUGAAAAUGGCACCAAUGUAAUUAGAAACACAAAAGAAAGCUGCAUGCCCACCAUAAAUGCAAUGAGAAAAGGAACAAUAAUGCUAAUUGCUGAGAUGCAUCUAAAGAGAGAACCAGGUUUCUUUUUAAAUGGGAAUGUUCAGCUGUAACUUGCAGAUUGUAUCAUGAUGAAGGGGGGAACAACGCAUUAAUAUAAAGAAUACUUGUUUUAAAGUGCUAAGCAUUUAUGUUAUUGAAUUCCUCAGGUGUAUGAACAUCCUGCAAAGUGUAUCCCAAGUGCACUUUCUGUUUGUGAAAUCCUCCUAUUAUUCCUCAACAAGGAUAAUAGCAUUAUAUGCAGGGCCAGGUUAUUCAAUCAGCAGAAUGAACUGGUAAAGUUAUUCCUGGGUGGUACCAUUUCAGCUUCCAGGUUAGGGGUGAUGUGUGCAUGCUUAAAUGCUCUCCCUCAAGCAAAAACUUCCCCACUACAUUUUCCACUCUUUUCUCCAGAAAAGCCUGCAUAUUUUAUUAGGCGGCCACAUGACAAUGCAAUAGACACAGGCAAUCAUAUACAGUGGUCCCUCGACUUACGAACUACUUGACAUCCGAAGUUUUCGACGUACGAACGACAACAAUGACCAGAAGUCAUUGCCGGUUUAGAUGCGGCUUCCUCGACUUACGAAUUUUUAGAUGCGGUUUCCUCAACUUAUGAAUGUUUCCAGACCUCCGUGGGUGCGCUUUUCGACUUACGGAAAUUUCGACCUACGAACGUGCGUUCGGAACGGAUUAACUUCGUAAGUCGAGGGACCACUGUAUGGCUAUGUGAUAUCAUGAAACCAAAUCAAAGACAGAUGCUGUAAGCAUGAAGAUCACGGGCAGGAGGGUGACAUGUGAGCUGGAUUCGCGCUGCGGGUGGGACUUCUGGAUCAGCUUAAAAUGCUCUACUCAUAUUGAGUAACUUGUGUGUGUGUGUGAAUGCCUGAACAAAGCUUCUGGGCUUGUGUUUUCCAGGGUAUGUUUAAGGAAGCUAGCUGUCUAAGUUAGUGUUCUUGCUCCUCCAACAUAAGGAUUAGUGAAGGAAUUUAUGUCUGCAUGAAAGGGGUUAAUUAUUUAAAUCUGAGUUAAAGUAACACUAGAUCAAAGAAGAAGAAGCAAACAAGGUUCUACAUAACAACAGAGGGCUAUUAAAAAAGGACUGGAAUUCUAACACAUUUCUGUUAGGAUUUUCUGCUUGCUCCUGAGAAAUUUUAGGAUAAAAAAGGAGUCAGUUCAGAUAAUGUCAGGUUAUAUACGUAUUGAGCACCUCAUUGACUCUUUUGGCAAUUGGUAAGCAUAGCUAUGCUCCUUGAACGAAUACUCCUUGAAAUCACUUCUCAUGUAAGGUUGUAAUGAACUAUGUUUUGAUGUCUUAUGCUUUGUCUGUGUCCUAUGAUCUAUAUGCUGUACUAGAAGCUAUACAAAUAAAGCAUUUUUUUUACAGAA